UAUUUGAUAGACCCCUUCGGCUGUUGCGAAACCCAAUUGAAACUCCUACUCCUGCACUCAACAUAACAUAAUCUUGGCAGGGGAGGACUCAGAUUUCACAACCUUUAUAUACUUCAUACUUCCCAUACACAUCUGUUAUCAGUUUCUAAGUUUGUCUCUAUUUGGGAUCUACAUCAUUGAGGAGAAAUGGGGAAUGUUUUCGUGAAGAAACCAAAGAUCACGCAAGUAGAUAAAGCCAUCCUCUCUCUCAAAACCCAGAGGCGUAAGCUUGCUCAAUACCAACAGCAGCUAGAAGCUGUCAUUGAAGCAGAGAAGCAAGCUGCAAAAGACUUGCUUCGUGAAAAGAAGAAAGACAGGGCAUUGUUAGCAUUGAAGAAGAAGAAGGUUCAAGAAGACCUAUUGAAGCAAGUUGAUGGUUGGCUUAUCAAUGUUGAGCAGCAAUUGGCAGAUGUUGAGCUGGCAAGCAAGCAAAAAGCUGUAUUUGAGAGUUUGAAGGCCGGAAAUAAUGCAGUUAAAGCAAUACAAAGUGAGAUAAACCUUGAUGAUGUUCAAAAACUGAUGGAGGAUACUGCUGAGGCAAAAGCUUAUCAAGAUGAAAUCAGUGCCAUCUUGGGAGAGAAGCUGUCAGCUGAAGAUGAAGAGGAAAUUUUAGCAGAAUUCGAGAAUCUAGAGACUCAGAUAACCAUUCAAGAUCUGCCUAAAGUUCCUUCAGCAGCACCAUCUACUGAAGAACCAGAAGAGGAGCUGGAUCUUCCUGAUGUGCCAACCAAAGCACCAGCCAUCCCUCAGGCAACAACAGAAUCAUCAGAAAUUUCUGCACAUAGAAAAGUUAUGGAGGAGCCAUUACCAGCUUGAUCUGGUGGAUGUUCUACUAGCUGCUACUGCAUGCAAACCCCACUAAACUAGGAAAUAUUUUCCUAGUGAUGAAGGAUUUCACAGGCCUUACUCCUGGCAGCGUCAGUGGAUGUAAAUUUAUGUAACAACAUUGGAUCAUAAUUUUCAUAGAUUCAUGGUAAUUGUGCAUUAUAUUUCCAAGUUUUGGGAUGAUGUAUAUUUCGUCAUUUCGCUGUGUACAGUCGUUUUUGUUCUCAUUGAUGAGAUUUUGUGUAAUUAAGUCCUGCUAAUACAUGCGACUUAUUUUUCUCGUUUUGCUGUAAUUUUCAAGAAUCUGAUGCUUACUAGAGA